CGACGUGGGAACUAUUAUGAGCACCAUGCCAGAUGUGCUGCGGAAAGGCGUGGCGAAGUGCCGAUGAGCAGUUGCUGUACCAACGGUACUUCACGCACAUUGUGCCAGGUGCCUGCGGCUCACUAUCAGUUACCGAGCUUGGGACAUAAGUUAGUAGUCACUCUGCUUGGAGAUAAUAGUUAUCGAGGCAUUUUGAAGGUUGCAUAUAUACGGGUUCUUGAUUUUAGCAGUUACAAGGAGGAUUGGAGUCAGCUGUCAAGUAACUUUCAUGACGAGCUUCGUUACGCAACGCAUUACGCAUCUUGGCACGGUUGCGCGUCCGAACAGUCUUAAGACAUGCACGGCAUUGAAACUUUCAGCUCGCAGGAGUGCGCAGGCUCGCCUGGCUCAGGGAAGGCCCUGGAAUAUACACAUGAAAGCAGUGGAGACUGGGAGCACCGGUACCAAUGAUUUUGUCCAGAAUGCGCCUAGCGAUACAGCAUCAGUAGUCAGCGCAGAAUCUGUCAAGGCGGCGCUCUUGGAUGCGAUCUGCGGCACCGACCGCGGCCUGGUCGCCCGGUCGGAAGUGCGAGCUGAGCUAAACGAACUGAUCAACCAGUUGGAGGUGAGGGGCGGUCACGGGUCGGAUAUCUCCAGUGCGGAGUUCGCCGGCACCUGGGAGCUCGUGUACUCCAACGCCGCCGACCUGCUACUCCUGCUCUCAAUCAGCAAGCUGCCACUGCCAGUCAGGAUCGGCGCCGUACGUCAAACCAUCAACGCCGCCAACAGCACGGUGGAGAACUCUGUGCAGCUGGAGUUCCCGCUGGUGCACACUUCUGUGUCGACGGUUAGCAGCUACAACAUCGCUUCACCCAAGAGGUUGCAAUUCACGGUGCAACGCGGCAUCCUGCACACACCCUCCAUCGAGGGCAAUCUGGAGCUGCCCGCCUCCAUAACCGUGCUGGGGCAGACACUUGACUUGGCUCUGCUACGAGAUGCCCUGGCGCCCCUAACCCGCGGGGCCGCCAGCCUGGCUGCGUCAGCGUCUGACCUGCUGGGCCAGGCACCCAAUCUGGAGGUCCCUCUGCAGACGCAAACAUGGCAGCUGACGACGUACCUUGACUCCACGCUGCGGAUUACACGUGGCGAUGGGGGUACGGUGUAUGUGUUUAAGAAGGUUGCGGCUCCAUCAAAAUGA